GCUUAAAUUUAGCAAAGAUAGAUCAAACUAGAUUAAUAAACAUUACUAAAAUUUCAAAAAUACUUAAUAACAAAUUUAAUACUUACAUCACUACUACUACAACUACUGCUACCGUUAAGAGUUAUACUACUAAAAGUAUUUCUGGAACAUUGGAUACUAUUGCUACCAUUACUACCACGGCAAACUGUAAUUUGUUAAAAAAUACUAGUUUCUUUUCUACUACCACCACUACUACUGCUGCUGCUGCUGCUACUACAGUUACUACCAAGAAUACAACUACUGCAACAAUUUCAAAUAGCAUAAAUACUAUGACUAGUAGGGGUGGUAGUUGUAAUGAUGGCGCAAGUAGUAACAGUAAUGUUAGUAACAGUACUAACUGGACCAAAGGCGUCAAAGGAUUCCUAUUGGAUGUGUAUGGAGUGGCCUACAACUGUGGCCAAACCUUUAGCCUCAUUGACGGCUCGGUUGAAGCUGUGUCAAAAUUGAGAAAGGCGGGAAUCCCGUUUAGAUUCUGCAGUAACACGUCGACAAAAACCCCAGAAAAAGUUCUGGAAAGAUUGCUAGAGUUUGGAUUUGACGUAAAACCGGGAGAAAUUUUCACUCCCAUUCCGGUGGUUAAGAAUUACCUGAGGAAGCACGGAUACAGGCCUUUCAUUUUGGUUGAUCCGUGUGUCGACCAGGAGUUUGCUGAGUUUGAUCAGAGCGAUCCGAACUGUGUUGUCCUUGGCGACGCCAAACAUAGAUUCAGUUACGAGAACCUCAACAAAGCCUUCCAGAUGCUGACUGAUAAGAAAGAUUCUGCCAUCAUUACAUUGGGAACAGGGAAGUAUUAUAAAGAGACAGAGGGUAUGUUUCUGGAUUGUGGAGUUUUUGCCAAAGCUUUAGAGUUCGCGACAGAUAAGCAGAGCGUUUGCAUUGGGAAGCCUUCGAAGGAGUUCUUCACGGCGGCCAUGAAUAGCAUGGGACUGAAACCGGAAGAGACGGUGAUGGUGGGGGAUGACAUAAUUGGGGAUGUCCAAGGUGCACAGCAGGCCGGAUUGAAGGGGGUCCAAGUUAGGACCGGAAAGUAUAGACAACUGGUAGACGAACCGCAUAGUUACGUCAGACCGGAUGCUUACGUUGACAACCUAUUGCAAGCUAUUGAAAUCUACCUGGCCGGGAAAAUCUAAAAUUUUAUUUAAAUAAUUUUCAAUUUUUAAUUAACUGGGUGAUUAGUUGAUUGGAUAAUUGGCUGAUUAAUUGACUGGUUAAUUGGAUAAUUGGUGGAUUAUUUGAUUGGAUAACUGAAUGGUUAAUUGGUUUUACGGUAACAUCUCCAACAACAUGAAUAUUGAAUCAUCCAAGUUUAUUUAAUUAUAUUAUUAUCUAUUAAUUAUAAUAUAUAUAUAUAUAAUGUUAAAUAAUUAUAUUAUUUAUAUUAGAAUCUGAAUCGACCCAGAUUUAGCCUCAAAUUUAUGUAAUAGUUUCAAUCUUCAAAGAAGACAAAGACAUUUCCUGUUAUAUUUAUUAUUUUUUUGAAAUAUUUAAACUAAGGCGUCAUCCCCCAAAAGAGAGCUGAGCUUAUAAAAA